CUUUGUUACAUAUGUAUAUAUUAAAAGUGAUUUUAAGGAUUCCUUGUCCAAUUUAGUUUUGUUGCUUGAUGCGUUAUUAUAAGCCGUCUUAUUACCUUUUUAAUCAUGGCACCGAAACCCCAAUAUAACAAAAUGACGUACGAAAAUCAGCUGCCUCCGAAGCUGGAUGGAGAGUCUGUAGUGAUCUCCGGAAUGUCCGGAUUAUACCCGCAGAGCCAUAGCGUCAAGGAGCUUUCGGAUGUAUUGUAUAAUAAGGUAAAUCCAGUGACGGCAAGUAAACCUCGAUGGAAGUACACCCAUCCUGAAGUGCCUCCGUACAAUGGAGUAAUACCAGACCUGGACCGUUUUGAUGCUCAGUUCUUUAAGGUUCAUUAUCGCCAGGCUGUGUCCAUGGAUUCCAUGAGCCGCAAAAUCCUCGAGCAGGCUUACCAAGCCAUAUACGAUGCAGGAUUAGGUGCGGAACAACUUUCUGGAAAGAAAAUUGGGGUUUACAUUGGAUCUUGCUUUUCGGAAUCCGAAAAAGCUAGUUUUUAUGACCCCACAUCAAGAACUGGCUUUGGUAUAUCAGGAUGCAGUAAGACUAUGUUUGCCAAUCGUAUAUCAUACUGGCUGAAUGCUAAGGGCCCGUCGAUGGCAAUAGAUGAAGCGUGCUGUAGCUCGCUAGCUGCAUUGGAGCAAGCUUACCAGGAUAUGAGCCUUGGCGAUUGCGAGGCUGCAAUCGUUGGGGGUGCUAGUUUAUGCCUCCAUCCGCAGUCUUCUGUUCACUACGGAAGAAUUAUUCCCUUGUGUAAAGAUGGUAAGACUAAAUCAUUUGACGAAUCCUGUGACGGCUGUGCAAGGUCAGAAGCUGUAAACGUGUUGUUUCUCCAAAAGGCAAAAAAUGCUCUACGCAUCUACGCCCACGUUCUGCAUGUGAAAAAUUCAUUUACUUCAGUCCUGCAAAGUGAAAAGGGACCUAGGUUUGGUUUAGUUAGGGACCCUAAAGACAUGGCGCAUUUUAUUAAACAGUUUUACGACGAAGCAAAUGUACCACCGAAUGCCAUUGAAUACGUUGAAGCAUUUGGAUCUGCUUCAGCUGAAGCAGAUAAAGCUGAAUUGGAAGCUAUUGAGGAAGUAUUCUGCCAGGAUAGAACAGAUCCUCUUCUAGUCGGGAGCGUUAUUUCCAACAUUGGGUACACUGAAGCUGCUUCGGGUAUAUCUGCUAUCACCAAGACGGUAUUAGGCUAUCAGAAGGGAGAGCUGGCAGCGAACCUUCACUGCUUGACUCCGCGGCGUGACGUCGCGUCCUUGCGCGACGGUCGCAUGCGUAUCGUUACCGAACACCAACCUUUCCAUUGCUCCUACACUGCUAUCAAUAGCAUCUCUAUCACUGGAGUCAACGCUCACGUCCUUCUUCAUGGUCACUACAAGCCUAAGGAUAUUACACGAUACCAGUCAAGCAUACCACGACUAGUCACUGUAUCCGGAAGGCAAGAGUCAGCCGUUAAGAUAAUUCUCGAUGAUCUAAAAUCCAAAUCUGUUGAUCCCGAAGAGAUUGCCUUAUUACAUAAUAUACACGAACUUAGCCAACCUGGACAUAUGAGCAGAGGCUUCACUAUUCUUGAUACCAACGAAAAUAAUGAAACAGUUUGUCUUAUGGAAAAGUUGGUGUACUUUGACGACGUAAAGCGUCCUCUAUGGUUCGUAUAUAGCGGUAUGGGCUCGCAAUGGGCCGGUAUGGGCGCGCAACUCAUGCGCAUUCCUGUCUUCGCUGCCGCCAUCGAAAGGUGUCAUAAAGUACUGUCUCCAAAAGGCUUGGAUAUAGUUCACAUUAUAACAACAAAUGAUAAGACGAUCUUCGACAAUAUUUUGCAUUCCUUUGUGGGUAUCGCGGCUGUACAAAUUGGUCUUACUGACGUUUUAAAGGAAAUAGGUAUUGUUCCAGAUAAUAUCAUCGGACACAGCGUUGGUGAACUUGGUUGCGCGUACGCAGAUGGCUGUCUUACAGCAGAAGAGAUGAUUCUCUCCGCAUACAGUCGAGGGCUCGUUUCUUUAGAGACUCCUUUCAUCCGGGGUUCUAUGGCAGCCGUCGGUAUUGGAUAUGAACAGGUUGUAAAAUUAUGUCCUCCUGAAAUCGAUGUGGCUUGUCACAAUGGUCCGGACUCGAGCACCAUUUCAGGCCCAGCGGACGCGAUGCGCGAUUUCGUUGCCCAGCUGACUUCACAAGGCAUUUUCGCCAAGGAGGUCCCUUGCUCCAACAUUGCUUACCAUUCACGGUACAUCGCCGAAGCUGGUCCUAAACUAUUGCAAUACUUAAGUGAAGUAAUUAAAGACCCUAAGCCACGUAGCGAACUCUGGCUGUCGUCAUCGGUACCGCAAGAUCGUUGGGGUGAAGCCAACCCAAAGUUAUGCUCUGCGUGGUACCACACUAAUAAUUUACUCAGUCCUGUACUCUUUGAAGAAACUUCCCGCAUGAUACCAGCAAAUGCAGUACUGGUAGAAGUAGCACCCCAUGGUUUGCUGCAAGCCAUUUUGAAACGCUCGCUGUCUUCCGAUUGUCGCCACAUACCUCUUACCAGGCGUGGACACCCGGACAACGCGCUCCUUGUUCUUGAAGCCAUUGGCAAAUUACACAUGGAGGGUUUUAAUCCCAAGGUGAAAGAAAUCUACCCAAAAGUUGAAUUCCCGGUUUCAACGGGUACACCAAUGCUGUCGCAUCUGAUUGAAUGGAGUCAUAUCGAAAAAUGGACACUGCCACUCUAUGUAACUGCAGCCAGAAAAUCCGCUGCAGUUUGCAAUUUCAUCAUUUCAAUUCAUGACGACGAGCAUGCCUAUCUGCAAGGAAAUAAAAUAGGAGGUAAACUGCAGUACCCCUUUGCUGCUACGCUAGUAGCAGUUUGGGACACUCUAGCCAUGGCAUCAGGAAUGAAAAAGAAGGAAUUGUCAGUACAAUUCCGCGAUGUGCACUUGUUUUCGCAACCCGCUCUACAUGACCAGAGACAUUUACAGUUAACCGUUACAUUCCAUAGAGGCACAGGAUGCUUUGAGGUCAUGAAUGGUUUGUCAAGAGUUGCUACUGGAUUUAUCAGCACUGAAAUUAACCAAGAAAACGCUGUUGAAGAUAGUUUACCAGAAUCGAAUAGUUUCGAUAUUAAUUCUGAUGAGGUAUAUGAAAUGCUAAAAGAAAGAGACUAUUUUUAUACACACGAUUUCCGUAGUAUUCAUAAAACAAAUACCUCAUUCACAAAAGCACAGAUUGUAUGGAAAAACAACUGGGUGACGUUUAUAGACGGUUUGCUGCAACUAAAUGCAUUCAGGCAACCACAUUGUUCCGUAUCGCAGCCGAGUCAUAUCCACAAGAUUGUUAUUGACGUCGAAGCUCACUCCAGUAUCAACUUCGAUCAGGCAGCUAAAAAAACGAUUCUUACUGCGGAUCUGUCUCCUAUACAUAGUUACACAAGAUGUGGUGGAGUGGUGAUGAACAGAAUUGAAUUUUACGACCUGCCGCCACUAGCGUCUAAGCCGGUAGAUUUGAAGAGCUACAAAUUUGUUCCUCAUUUCAGUUCUGAUUGCCAAAAUCUCGUUGAAAUAUUCAGCAUAUAUUUACAAAUGGCAGCAGAGAAUUCCAACCAGAACACAAUAAAAGUAGUAGAAAUAUCAAAUCAGAAUGAAAAAGUCAUUAAAGACAUUGUUGCCCUUUUAAAAGAUGUUCCUGAGAGUAAUAUAUUAUACAAUCAGGUAGACGUAGAUAGUAUUCAGCAACGACAGAAAGUUUUAAAUGCUGAUGUUGUUCUCGUAACUAACCUAUCUCUGGAUAACAACGUAUCUAAAUUAUUGCAACGAGUCCUUCGCCCUGGAACUUUCAUUAUAAACGGAGAAAGGAUUGGUGAAAAGCGUCAUUUACCUUCAGAUUUAUACCAAAUUUUAUGCGCCAACAGCGUUGGUAAAGCUCUCUUAGAGUUUGCCGUAUGGAAACCCACUCCAAAGGAAAGCUUUACAGUGUAUUUUGUUGUAAAUUCGGACAUAGACCUACCGAAAUUAUCUGCGAAACGGGAAACCUUAUCAAACAGUGAUAAACUAUUAGUUCUCACCACUUAUCCUCCAGUUGAAGGUUUAAAAGACCUUGUAAAAAAAUGGAGACAUGAAGUUAAUAACAAUCAAGUAUAUCUAGCUCAAGUUUCUGGAAACGAGAAACUAGAACAAUUCCCAAUUAAAAGUUUGAACUUAAAUUUUGCAUUUAACAUUUUAAACAACGGUAUCUGGGGCGGAGAAUAUUACGUCUCAUGGCAAGAAAAUGUAGCCCUUGAACGAGGAAUGACCCUGCAAAGUGAUACGAUUGGUGAUCUAGAUUCUUUGCACUGGGUUGAAGUACCUGAACCAACUGGUACUGGAAUUAAAGUUACUGUUCGUUACGCCGGGAUAAACAACUUUGAUGUGAAGAGGGCGACUGGACUCAUUCCCAAGCAGGAUAACCUCGAUGGAUAUUGUUACGGAAUGGACUUCAGUGGAACUACUGACAGUGGCGACCGCGUGAUGGGUCUGGUUCCCAACGGAGCUGCAAGUGGGCGGGUCAUAGCGUCCCCAGAACUGCUAUGGCCAGUUCCGGCACAUUGGACUCUGGAGGACGCAGCCACCGUGCCGCUUGCCUACGCGCAGGCCUUCUACUGCCUCGGUAUUAAGGCUCAACUAUGCCCAGGCAUGACUGUGCUCGUACAUGGUGGAGCGGGAGCACUAGGUCAAGCAGCCAUAUCAAUAGCACUAGCUCAACAAUGUCAAGUAUUCGCUACUGUUAGCACUACUAGAAAGAAACACUUCUUGAAUAAGUUAUUCCCUGAACUAAAAGCGCACCACAUCGGAAAUUCUCGUGACGAAAGUUUCGGAGACAUGGUUUUGCGAGCUACUAAGGGUAGAGGUUGCGAUAUAAUUAUCAGUGGUGUACAAGGCGGCCUUAAAAAUACUACCUUGAAUUGUGCCUCGUUUUGUGGUAUUACUUUUGACACUGUUCAAGCUCACACAGAAGAUGAUUACACUUUUGGCAUGUUUUACAUGACAAAACAAAGGUCCUAUAUUCUUAUUGAUUUUGCGAACAUAUUUGACUGCGAGGAGGAUAUACAGGCUCUACAGAAGAUGAUGAGCGAGGGAAUCGCACGUGGAUACGUCCGUCCGUUGUCCCGCGUGACGUAUGCCCCUCAGGAUGCAGCCAGGGCUUUCCGUCUGUUGGCUGCUAGCAAACACCGCGGCCGGGUUCUGCUGCGCUUGAGGGAGUCCAUCAUUGCUGCCCAGCCUAGAAUUUACUGCCCGGAAAACCACAGCGAUGUAGUAUUUUGCGAUUCUGAAGGCUUUGGUUUGCAGCUUGCUGGUAGACUUGUGAAGAGAGGUACCAAAAAAUUGCGUCUGCAUUGCUCGCUACCUUUGCCAAAGAACCUGUACUUUAAAGUAAACAAUUGGCGCAAGGAAGGAAUUGUGGUUGAAGUGUCAACUGAAAAUCUUGCUACAUCUAGUGUGAUAAAUACAUUGAGUGAUGCUAUUCGUAUGGGACCUGUUGGAGGCAUCUACUUGUGUAUUUCUAACUCUUCUGUCAAUCGCAUGAGUAAUAUCGUAUCGACGUUGGAUUCUGCUUCAAGAAAAAAAUGCCCAUCUUUAAAAUACUUUGCAAUUCUAAACACAAGGGAUUCGACGGGCCAAACUGUGUGUUUAAAUCGAGCUCGGGAUAAUUUACCGGGUACUCUGUUACGUCUUCCUUCAUGGCCAGAGUUACAAAUGUCGCGGCGAGGAAUUUUAGAUGCUAUAGAGAAGGGUUUGCACUCCGCUCAGCGAGUACUUUUGGUGCAAACUCUAAAUCAUUCGCAGCCAUCUCUUCUUCAACAAUUAGCUGUGGUCGCAGAUAUUGAGAUUCCCAAUGACAACGAGGAAUUAACUGAACUAAAGAAUUUAGGGUUGGACAACUCUAAGGCACAAACAGUUUGUGCUUUCUUGCAUCAUAACCACAACAUUUCAGUGAAAGACAAUGAACUGCUCCACUUUACUGCACAGAAGUUAAAAAUGCUGGAAGAUAGACUGGUGGAACCAGAUUUUAAAAAUGUUUCGGGACUGGAAACUUUCUUCUCCUACGUUGACUCCGAUGAACUUUUAGCAUCUACACCGAUCGUAUUCUUACCAACACUUGUCAAGAAUUCUAAAGUGCGAGACGAUGAGUUAGACUCAAGUCAGACUUACUUAAGCAUAGUCCCUGGCCUCGAAGGUCACCAUGAAAGAUUCCGUACAUUAUGUGAAAGACUCAAGUUGUCAGCUGUAGUACUACAACCAGGCGUGGAAUACUUAAACGAAACGCUUCAAGAAACGGCACAAAGAUAUACCCAGACUCUCCUUAAAAAGAUUCAAGUGAAAAAUAACUUCUAUCUAGUGGGUUACGAAAGUGGAGUCAAGGUAGCUCUUGAAAUAGCUGCCAAUUUGGAAAAAGAAGGUUUAACGGGCACAGUAUAUUGUCUAGGAGGCACGCCUGAGGAACUAGAAGCAACAAUUAAUGAAAAACUUGGUGAUUUCGAUACUGACGAAGCAUUCCAAAAUGCUUUGGUGCGCCAUAUGUCCGAACUGAUGGCGGAAGGUGUUUCUGCCGAACUUGACGUGGCAUUGAAAGGUGCUUCUAAUUGGCAGGAGAAACUUAACGCAUGUGUCAAUACAUUGCUGGGACGGGUAUCUCACUCAAAGCAGUACACACGGUUGAUAAUAGAGUCUGCUUUUGCUCGCGUUGAACAAAUGCGCCGCGGAAAAGUACAAGCGCGUAAACUUCAAUCACGUAUUGUAGUACUGCGAGCGGCAUCGAAUAGCCUCAUCUCUUCCACGGAAGAAAUUCAACGCUACUCCCAGAAACCCAUUGUUGUGUACAACCUACCGAACAGUCUGGCUCACUUUGCAAAGGACCCACGAUGUGCCGCCAUCAUUAACCGUCACUUCGAUGAAGAAGUGCUUCAGACGUUUGAAAAUAGAAAUCUUUGCGACACCUACUUACUGAACGCCGACGUAUUCAUAACAAAGACUAGUUAUGAAGAGGAGGACAGUAAUGAAACACAAUAAAAUGAAUACUAGGACAGGCCAAUAAGUAUAAUUUAAAUAACGUGUUUGGCAUUUUUUCUUAUCUACACUACAAUAAAAUAUAUUUAUUGUAUAUAAUGACUAAUUA